GGCCCGCCUCGCGGGGAGUAGGCCUCGGCUGUCCGGAGGCUCCUGGGCUGAGCCGGCGACAGAGCCCGGGAAGGCAGCGAGACGUGGGCGCCGGCCCAGCCUCCUCCCGCGUCCGUCAGCCCCAAGUCCGGAGCCCCUCUGACCCCUCCGUAGCCCUCCCUCCAGCUGCGCCCGGCCUGCGGCAGCUCCCUUGACGCCUCCCUCCCCCUGCCCACCCCUCCCUCCUACAGCUGCCCAUGCCGCCCUCUCGGCAGCUCUUCCAACUCUGCCCGGCGUCCUUUUCCUGCACCUUCGCCCCGCGUACCGCCUCCUGCCCCGCCCUGCCAUUCCUCUCCCCUCCCUUCUCUCUGCGACCCCUCCCUGUUAGGCCCCAGCCUUUUCUCCCCUCACGGGUCUUCUCUACCCUGGCCUCACCGCCUUAGCCUAUCCCUCCCCCUUGCCCUGUGUCUUGUCUCAGGAGCCCCCUUGGGGUGGGAGCAGGUUGUGGAGCGGCACUACUGGGCUCACCCCAAAGCAGAACUUCUCUAUCCAUGAGGACACUGGGGAGGCCUUUAGGCCAACCCCCAUGUGACAAUCAGGGCUGCGGCUUGCGGAGAGCACAAGUGAGCUCACUGCCCUGGACUCCAGGGAAUCAGAGUUCUGGCUGUGGGGUGACCCAGCUCCUGUGCUACCAUGAACAGGGCCCCUCUGAAGCGGUCCAGGAUCCUGCACAUGGCGCUGACCGGGGCCUCAGACCCCUCUACAGAGGCCGAGGCCAACGAGGAGAAGCCCUUUCUGCUGCGGGCAUUGCAGAUUGCGCUGGUGGUCUCCCUCUACUGGGUCACCUCCAUCUCCAUGGUGUUCCUUAAUAAGUACCUGCUGGACAGCCCCUCGCUGCAGCUGGACACCCCCAUCUUCGUCACCUUCUACCAGUGCCUGGUGACCACAUUGCUGUGCAAGGGCCUCAGCGCUCUGGCCGCCUGCUGCCCUGGUGCCGUGGACUUCCCCAGCUUGCGCCUGGACCUCAGGGUGGCCCGCAGUGUCCUGCCUCUGUCAGUGGUCUUCAUCGGCAUGAUCACCUUCAAUAACCUCUGCCUCAAGUACGUCGGUGUGGCCUUCUACAAUGUGGGCCGCUCGCUCACCACCGUCUUCAACGUGCUGCUCUCCUACCUGCUGCUUAAGCAGACCACCUCCUUCUAUGCCCUGCUCACCUGCGGCAUCAUCAUCGGGGGCUUCUGGCUUGGUGUGGACCAGGAGGAGGCAGAAGGCACCCUGUCGUGGCUGGGCACUGUCUUUGGCGUGCUGGCCAGCCUCUGUGUCUCGCUCAACGCCAUCUACACCAAGAAGGUGCUCCCGGCGGUGGACGGCAGCAUCUGGCGCCUGACCUUCUACAACAACGUCAACGCCUGCGUCCUCUUCCUGCCCCUGCUCGUGCUGCUCGGGGAGCUUCAGGCCCUGCGUGACUUUGCCCAGCUGGGCAGUGCCCACUUCUGGGGGAUGAUGACGCUGGGCGGCCUGUUUGGCUUCGCCAUCGGCUAUGUGACAGGUCUGCAGAUCAAGUUCACCAGUCCCCUGACCCACAAUGUGUCGGGCACGGCCAAGGCCUGUGCCCAGACGGUGCUGGCCGUGCUCUACUACGAGGAGGCCAAGAGCUUCCUCUGGUGGACGAGCAACAUGAUGGUGCUGGGCGGCUCCUCUGCCUACACCUGGGUCAGAGGCUGGGAGAUGAAGAAGAUUCCGGAGGAGCCUAGCCCCAAAGAGGGCGAGAAGAGUGCCAUGGGGGUGUGAGCGCCACAGGCACCCUGGAUGGCCUGGCCCCGGGGCCCGUACAGCAGUGAAGGCGGUCUCCUGGACCCCAGAAGGGUGCUGUGGUGUGGACUGGGCGCUACUUACAGACCCAAUCAAAAUACGGUGGUUGAGAAGGAACCAGUGUUUACAAGUAGUAUCAGAAAGUUGAAGGAACCAGUGUUUAUAAGUAAUACCAGAAAGUUGCCAAAUCUGUCUCUACCCUCUCGUAUUUCUGAGUUUUUGUCCUUCCCGAGGGAGUACCCUAGUGAGAGUUGAACCCCUUCCUUCCGCCUCCAGGGCCUGUCUGCCUCCACAUCACUCUGAGGACAGGGACAAGCAACAACCUUGAAGGGACAGCAAUGGCAAAGCCACGAAGGCUCACUGUACUCAGGGGAGAUGGCCCCACCACAGACACCUGGAGAGGGUUGGGAAACAUUCCAUCUGCGGUGGGCAGGCAGCCUCACCCUGGGCCCACAAACCAGCCUUCCUUCGGAGGAACGUGUGGGCUGGACCCAGGGAGGAAAUGAUCGAGUUCCCUCUGAGACCAGCAGAUCCCCAGGGGCUGCUGGGCAGUGGCCCGGGAAUGGGGUGGAUUGUGAGAAAGUGCCCACCACCUGCACCCUGUACGUCCAGUUUUUGAACACGAGGGAACCAUGCUUCUCUUAGAGGUUAAGCAGGGUCAUUAACAUCCUCCCCCAGUCCCUAACACCACAUUGUCCUGCGUGGCUCCUCUGGCCCUAAGUGGCACCUGCCCCUCUGGUCUCCCAGCACCUGGCUCAGGUAACAGCCUUCUGAAAUCAGAGCCAGGGAGCUGCUUCUCUCUUCUCCCAGUUCUGCCUCCCCCACAGCCUUCCUCCCCAGGUGGGACUGAUGGAGCAAGGGUCCAGACUAACAGCUUUCCACCCCAGCUGUGUCUGGCGCCCCUAGAUCUCUGCAAGGGAGGUGUUACAGCUUGUUCUGAGCCUCUUGCCUUGUGAUGGUAAGACACCAGCCUUUACAUUCUCCCCUGAGGUUGCGGCUGACAGGGCCUACUUGGCCCGACUCUUAGUCCAGCGAGCUCCUAUAUCAAGAUGCUGUAGGCCGGGUGGCUUACAAACAACAGAAACUUACUGCUCACAGUCCUGGGGGCUGGGACGUCCAAGAUCAAGGGGCCAGCAGAUUCAGACUCCGCUGAGGUCUGUUUCCCAUUCCAUAGAUGGUGCCUUCUUGCUGUAUCCUCAAUGGUAGAAGCACAAACAAGCAAGCUCCCUCCUGCCUCCUUUAUAAGGACUCUAACCCUGUUCAUGAGGGCUCCGCCCCCGUGUCCCAAUCAGCUCCGAAGGCCCCACCUCCUAAUACCCUCACGUUGAGGGUGAGAAUCCCAACGUGAAUCUGCAGGGGGAGGGAGGGAUACACACAAAUGUUGGGACCAUAGCACCCUUCACCGCACCCUCCUGCCCUUGGAGUGGCUUUCACUCCCCGGCCCUUCUGGUGGGCAUUUGGUACAUCCUUUCUCUUAGGGUGAUUUCUGAGGUUUUUAGUCCCUAUAGUGAAAAGCUGGGGAGAGUGGAUCUUCUCCCCCGUCCCUCUCCAGUCCCCUCACAAUCCCAGGUGGGUUCUAAUGCAGCUGCUGGGGCCUGAUGCCCUGAGUUGUUUGUGAUUCAAUAAAGAAUCAGUAAGA